CUGCGCGUAGCUGGCGGCAGCCGUAGGCGGGAAGCGCGAGCUGGAGCGCUAUGGCCAGAGCGUGGCAGCACCCGUUCCUCAACGUCUUCAGAUACUUCAGGGUGGACGAGUGGAAGCGGUCCAGCAAGGAGGGCGACGUGGCUGUGGUGAUGGACAAGACCCUGAAGAGCUCUGUCUAUCGAAUCCGGGGCUCUGUGUCUGCCAGUAACUACCUCCAGGUUCCCAGAACAAGCACCCAAUCUCUGGGCCUAACUGGGCGGUACUUAUAUGUACUCUUCCGGCCCCUGCCCUCCAAGCAUUUUGUCAUCCAUCUUGAUGUGGCUACCCAGGAUGGCCAAGUCAUCCGAGUGUCUUUCUCCAAUCUCUUCAAGGAGUUCAAGUCCUCAGCCACGUGGCUUCAGUUCCCCUUUGUCUUUGAGACUAGGACAUCAAGGAGAGACCUGGCAGGGAUGGUCCCCCCGGGUGCCCGCUGGACCUGCCUGCAGCUUGACCUGCGUGAUAUCCUGCUGGUCUACUUGAGCCGGUGUUAUGGCUACCUCAAGAGUGUUAGGUUGUGUGCCAACCUGCUGGUCAGGAACCUCUACACCAGUGACCUGAGCUUUGACCCUGCUGUCACUGUCACUGAGGCCCAGCGAACAAAACUGCCCAUCACCCCUGUUCCUCGAGAAAUGGCCUUCCCAGUGCCAAAGGGGGAAAGCUGGCAUGACCACUACGUUCACAUUCGGUUUCCAAGUGGCAACCUACAGGCACGUCCUGAGCCAGUUCUGAAGAGCAGGUCCCCUCCUGCAGCAGUCUUCCUGGAGCCUGUGCCACCGCUUCCCUCUCCCCUAGUGGCCCUCAGCAAGCCCAUGCAGUACAGCUUGUUCCCUGUGGUCCAGAAGCCCAGCCCCAGAACUUCUCGCCCAGCCCUCUCUGCACCCAAGCUCCUUCCAGAAGUCAGCCAGUCCUGCAUGUACUCAGAAGGGUCCAGCCUAGGUGGCCUCAGUGUCUGUAGCCAAGAUCCUUCGGCCUGGGUGGAGGCCUCUGAUGUCCACACGGUGGUCAGUGCCAGCCACACGCUUGCCCACAAGUCUACUGGCACGCCCGUGGCCCUCAAGGGUGCUGGCUCUCAAAAGCACUUCCUACCGGACCCAGUACUGAGGCUCAAGGGGAUCAUCGGCUUUGGGGGCCACAGCACCAAAUGGGCCCUGUGGACCAAGGAUGGGGAGGCUGUGGUUUACCCCUGCCAUGCAGUCAUCGUCGUAUUGCACAUCUCCACUCGGGAGCAGCGUUUCUUCCUUGGCCACACGGACAAGGUGUCCGCCUUGGCGCUGGACAAGAACAACUCGCUGUUGGCCUCAGCUCAAGUGAAGCCCCCCAGUGUGGUACGGCUCUGGGACUUCCCAACAGGGCAGUGCCUGUCCCUCUUCCGGAGCCCGAUGUAUGCUGUCUGCUCCCUUAGCUUCUCCAGCAGCGGGUCUCUUCUCUGUGGUGUCGGCAAGGACCACCAGGGAAAGACGGUGGUGGUGGCAUGGGGCACGGACCAGGUGAACCUUGGUGGCGAGGUGGUAGCUCUCGCGAAGGUGCAUGCUGACUUUGAUAUCCAGACCUUUCAGGUUUCUCCUUUGGAUGAGACCAGGAUGGCGUCGUGCGGGCGGGGCAGCAUACGGCUGUGGCGGCUUCGUGGCAGGACGUUGCGCUCCUGCCCUGUGGACCUGGAGGAGCACUGUGCACUGGAGCUCAGUGACCUCGCCUUUUCACAGGUCCUGGAGAGCUGCCAGGUGCCCUCCGUCCACACUCUUUAUGUGUGCAGCCGCAGCGGCCACAUCCUGGAGAUUGACCCCCAGUGCAUGGCCUUGCGGUACAUCUACCACCUGCUGCCCACGGGGGUCCCGAGUGACUCCCUCCCCAGAAAGCAGCCCUUCGGUGCAGGCCCUGGCAUUGCCAUCAGCAGCCUCAGCGUCUCUCCAACUACGUGUGCCGUGGGCUGUGAGGACGGUUACCUGCGACUCUGGCCUCUGGACUUCUCCUCAGUGCUCCUGGAGGCAGAGCACGAAGGUCCCAUCAGCUCCGUCUGUAUGAGCCCAGAUGGUCUCCGAGUGCUCUCCGCCACUUCAUCAAGCCACUUGGGCUUCCUGGACAUCCCUUCCCGAGAAUACACUGUGCUGGCCCGCUCCCAUACGGCUCCAGUGCUGGCGCUGUCCGUGGGGCAGAGCCGGGGGCAGCUGGCCACUGUGUCCCUGGAUCACACUGUCCGCGUCUGGGACCUGAGCACCCUGCAGCAGCUGGGUGACUUCACAUCUUGUGACGAGACCCCCUGUGCCGUCACCUUCCACCCAACGUGGCCAGCUGUCUUCUGCGGCUUUAGCAGUGGAGCCAUGCGUGCCUUUGGCCUAGAGAGUGCUGGGGUCUUGGUGGAACACACGUGUCAUCGAGGAGCCAUCAUUGGCCUGCUGGUUACCCCUGAUGGCAACUUCCUGUUCAGCUCCUGUUCUCAGGGCACCCUGGUUCAGUACAGCUGCGCCAGCUCUCAGUGCCACCUCCUCCGUGUAGCAGACAACAUGGUGUGCCAGGAUGCCCAACCACACCCCAACACCCUAGCAGUCAGCAGAGAUAGCCGCCUGCUGGCCUUUGUGGGCCCCUCCAAGUGCACGGUGACAGUCACGGACUCAGCCUCUCUGGAUGAGCUGCUGCGGGUCAACAUUAGCACUCUGGACCUGGCCAGCGGCUGCCCGGACUCAGCUGUGGCCAUCUGCUUUGGCCCUACAUCCCCAGGCCACCUACUUGUGUCCACGUCAUCCAACAAAGUUAUGGUAUUGGAUGCUGUGUCAGGAUGCACUGUCCGGGAGCUUUCUAGUGCCCGCCCUGUGGCUUGUGCCUCCCUUGCUCUCAACAAGGAUGCCUCUUUCUUGCUGGCGGCCUCUGGCCAGGCCAUUGAAGUCUGGGAGUACUCAACGCAUUCUGACCCCAGCUGCCAGGUGUACAUCGGUCACUCAGAGCCCGUGCAGGCUGUGGCCUUCAGCCCUGACCAGCAGCAGGUCCUCAGUGUGGGGGAUGCCAUCUUCCUCUGGGAUGUACUGGCCACUCCUGAGAGUAACCGAAGCGUGCCCAGGGCCUCCCCGCCCCGUGAGGCCGGCCCAGACACCAGACAGCUGGAGGAUGUCAUUUCCGAGUACCGGGGGCUCCCCUGGCAGCAGGUGUCCACAGCCCAGCUAGACAGCCGCUCCAGGCCCCCCAAGGGCAGUGAUGGCACAUUCUCCACAUCAGAAGAGGAAGGAUGCUGUGAGGAAAGCCACCAUCCCACAGCACUCCAGAAGUCCCCCAGGCCUCUUGUGUUUGUGAAGAAGGAGUCCAGUGGGGCUGGAGACAGGGCCUGGGGGGCUGUCAGUGUCCGUGGCUCCCGGUGGCACCAUAGCCGGCCCAGUGCCUGGAGUACCAGGAAAGUAAGAGCCCAGACCCCUCCCCGCCCGGAUUCCUACAAGCACUUCACCGCCCGCUAUAAGGCCUCCAUACGGGCCAAGGACAUCUGCCCUCCUGCUGGUGGUGAGAAGCUGCACCUGAAGGCUGUGGUGGGUUACAAUGGGAACGGCCGGGCCAACAUGGUCUGGAGGCCCGACACAGGCUUCUUCGCCUAUACAUGUGGCCGCCUGGUAGUGGUAGAAGACCUGCAUUCUGGAGCCCAGCAGCACUGGCUCGGCCACCCCGAGGAGAUUUCCACACUGGCCCUCAGCCACAAUGCCCAGGUCCUGGCCUCUGCAUCUUGCUGUGGCAGCAUGGCUGCCCUCUGUGAGAUCCGCCUCUGGGAUGUGCCUGGGGGCCUGUGCCAGCAGCUCAUCUCCCAGCACAACAGCGCGGUGCAGGCCCUGGCCUUCUCACCAGACGAUUUACUCCUCGUGACGCUGGGGGACUACAGUGACUGCACCCUUGCCUUGUGGAGCACGGCUACCUAUGGACUCCUGUCAUCUACUCGCCUUCUGGAGCCCAUGCAUGGUGUGGCCUUCAACCCCUGGGACACAGGCGAGCUCACUUGUGUGGGCCCAGGUGCCAUCACCGUCUGGCACCUGCAGCAGUGUGGGGCAGACGUCCGCCUCCAGGUCCACCGAGAGACAGUCCCUGAGGAAGUGAGGGCGGCCGAGCUGACCUCCCUCUGCUACGGCGCUGCCCCCCUGCUCUACUGUGGCUCUAGCUCUGGCCAGGUCUGCGUUUGGGACACAAGUGCCGGCCGCUGCUUCCUGGUCUGGGAGGCAGAUGAUGGCGAAAUUGGGUUGUUGGUGUGCUCGGGGUCCAGGCUGGUGAGUGGCAGCAGCGCACGGCGACUGCGCCUGUGGGCCGUGGGGUCUGUGCCCGGACUGCGACGCAAGGGCUCAGGUGCCAGGUCCAGUUCUGUGCUCGUGGAGCGUGAGCUGACUCUAGAUGGGGCCGUGGUGAGUGCCAGCUUUGACAGUGGCAUGGACAUGGGCAUUGUGGGCACCACAGCCGGCACGCUCUGGUAUGUCAGCUGGGCCGAGGGCACCAGCACUCGUUUCAUCAGUGGCCAUAGGAGCAAGGUGAACGAGGUGAUCUUCAGCCCUGGCGAGUCAUACUGUGCCACCUGCGGAGAGGACGGGAGUGUGAGGGUGUGGUCCUUGGCCAGCAUGGAGCUGGUAAUCCAGUUCCAGGUGCUGAACCAGAGCUGUCUCUGCCUUGCAUGGAGCCCCCCAUCCUGUGGACAUCCAGAGCAGCAGCAGGUGGUGGCGGGCUACAGUGAUGGCACACUGCGUGUCUUCAGCAUCUCCCGUACCGCAAUGGAGCUCAAGAUGCACCCCCACCGGGCUGCAGUGACAGCCGUUGCCUUCUCCGCCGACGGUCAGACCAUCCUCUCUGGAGACAGGGACGGGCUUGUGGCAGUGAGCCGCCCCCGCACAGGAAUGACCUUCCGUGUGCUGAACGACCACCGGGGUGCUCCAGUCUCUGCCAUCCAGAGCACUCACAAAGAGGUGAAGCAUCCUCAAGAGCUGUACAGAGACCUAGGGGUAGAAGGUGAAGACCUGUGGCUGGCUGCCAGUGAGGACCAGCGGGUCAGUGUCUGGGCCUCCAACUGGCCAAGGAACCGCUGCGAACUCCUGGACUGGUUGAGCUUCCCAGCACCUGCUGCUCUGGAGACCUCAGGCCUCCCUCCACCCUCCCUCGCUGCCUUCUGCCCAUGGGACCCAGCACUCCUGGUCUGUGUGGGCCUCGGCCCACGUGAAGAGGUGGUCUUCUACAGCCUCCGCCAGAAGCAGGUGGUAGAGAAGAUACUGCUACCAUUCUUCGCCACAUCCCUGAGCCUCUCCCCGGGGGCCUGCCUUAUGGCUGUUGGCUUUUCUGAGUGCAUACUGAGCCUGGUGGACUGUGCGUCAGGGACCACCCAACACUUCGCUGGCCAUGACGAUGUGGUGCACCUGUGCAGGUUCACCCCCUCGGGCAGGCUGCUCUUCACGGUGGCCCACAGUGAGGUCCUGGUGUGGGAGGUCCUGAGCCCUUGAGCUGCAGUGGACCUGCCUCCCAGGUGCCCCAGCAGGCGUGCUGGGCCCUGGGGCAGAGAAGCCAGUGUGGAUGGUGACAUGCUGGGCUGAGAUGACUGGGACUGACUCUAAACCGUCAGGCCUAAACUAUCUUGAAUCCUGGUGACCUGAGAGGACUUGAGGGUAUAACUAAUAGGUCAUGUGCUCAACACAGGAAAAAAAAAUGAGAAUACUCUUUGGCUUUUUACCUAAAGGUUUUUUAAUGUUUCUACUUUGUACAGUUUAAAUAAACAUAGGCAUUUAUUGUAUUUUGCUAUAUUAUUUUAUUAUGAUCCUAUCAUUGCAUCUCCAUUGGUCACUCCUGUCCUAAGUUCAUGCCCUGCCAUGCCCAGGAGCCUCCUGCUGCUCGUCCAGGACCGCGCUCCUCCCUGCCUACCUGCCGAGGGUGGGAAAGACGUCGCUGAUCCUGUCACUGG